UUGUGUUUUCGAGUGUGUACAUUCACUCCUAUUCGCCAUUGAGAUCAACCAAAGUUUUGAUCAGCAAUUCGCUCGGAACCAUCAUGGACCGAAUGGGUAUGCCGAUUCCGCCGUCGCGGUCUGACCUCAAUCUCAGUCGCCACAUCCUCUCUGAUCUCCUCUAUAUCUGGAGGCACUCCUCUUCGCUGUCUGCCUUCUUACAGCCUCUCCCGACGAGGACCACUCACAGUCAUUCAUUCAGCUCUCACUCAUUGAGUUCCUCAAGCCCGCUCUUUUUCCGCCGCCCUAUCGAAGGCCUCCUACUUCCCCUGACAUAUUCCCAUCUUACUAUACAGCUCUGAUUUAUCAUCAUGAAGGUUCUCAGCACCAUUGCUGUUUGCGCGGCCUCUGCCAAUGCGUUUGAGUGGACAUGGCCAAAGGUCUCCGACGAGCCCAUCUAUCCUCCCAAUGGAUACAACAUGCCCACCAAGGGACCUGUGGACAACUCAACUUACGAGUACAUCGUCGUCGGAUCUGGUCCUGGAGGUUCUCCUUUGGCAGCUCGUCUAGCUCUUGCUGGACACAGUGUCUUACUCAUCGAUGCAGGCGAGGAUCACGGGACAGACAGACAAGUACAGGUACCAGCUCUUCACCCUUACGCUAGCGAGUACAACCCAAUCCGAUGGGACUUCUUUGUGGAUCACUACGCCGACGAAGAGCAAGCCAAGCGCGACUCCAAGAUGUCAUACCUUACUCCGUCGGGAGAGUACUACUCUGGACUCAACCCACCCGAAGGCUCGGUGAGAAAGGGUGUCCUCUACCCCAGAACUGGUGCGCUUGGUGGCUGCGCUCAACACAACGCCCUGACUAUGAUACUCCCUACUGAGAACGACUGGAACAACAUCGCCACCCUGACUGGUGAUGAUUCCUGGAUGGCCAAGAACAUGCGCAAAUACUUUGAGAGACUCGAGCGUAACCGUUAUGUACCCAGCAGUUUUGUCGGACAUGGCUUCAGCGGUUGGCUCGAAACUCGUGUCACCCCUGUUCUUCUCAUCGCUGAGGAUCUCAAGGUCUUGUCACUUGUCACUGCUGCAGCCACCGCCAUGGGCAAGGGCCUUAUUGGAGGACUCUUACAUACCGUCACUGGCCUUGCUGAGAUCCUGACGCUCGACAUUAACAACCCUACCAAGUCUCGCGACAGUGCCGAGCUCAUCUACCAGAUUCCUCUUUCCAUGGAUGGCGACUACGUUCGCAGCUCUCCUCGUGACUUUGUUCUCCAAGUCGCUGGAGCUACUAACAAGGAUGGUUCCAAGAAGUACAAGCUCGAUGUCGCUCUCAACACUCUCGUUACCAAGGUCAACUUCGAUACCUCCAACACCAAGCCCAAGGCAACUGGCGUUGACUACCUCUUCGGUCAGAGCUUGUACCGCGCCGACCCUCGCGCUGGUACUGAUGAUGGUGGUGAAGCCGGAACUGUUCAUGCCAGCCGUGAAGUCAUCGUCUCCGGUGGUGCUUUCAACACUCCCCAGAUCCUCAAGCUUAGCGGUGUUGGCCCAGCUCAAGAACUUCACUCUCACGGAAUUCCUGUAGUCAAGGAUCUUCCUGGUGUCGGUGGCAACAUGCAGGACAGAUACGAGGUUGGUGUUGUCGGCAAGGCACCUUCCGAGUUCUCAUUGCUCAAGAAGUGCAAGUUCCUGAACGGCACCGACCCUUGCUAUGACAACUGGAAAAACAACGUCGGAGCUCUCAAGGGCGGCUACACUACCAAUGGUAUUGCUUUUGGGUUCCUCCACCACUCGUCCGUCUCGGAGAGCGAUCCUGAUCUUUUCCUGGGCGGUGUCCCUGCCUACUUCAACGGCUACUUCCCUGGUUACUCUGUCCACGCCACCCAAGACUUGAGCAUCUGGACUUGGCUCACUCUCAAGGCUCAUUCUCGCAACAAUGCAGGCACCGUCAACCUCACUUCAUCAAACCCUCGUGACACCCCAAAGAUCGUCUUCCGCUCUCUCGGUGAGGGCGUUGGUGGCGACAAAGAUUUACAAGCUGUCUACGAAGGUGUGCAACACGGUAUCAAAGCUUUCAAGGACCUCAUUCCUCUCGACGGCAAGUUUGACCGCGUCUGGCCUCCACCUGAGAUGACCUCUGAGGAGGACCUGAAGCAGUUCAUCAAGGACGAGGCUUGGGGACAUCACGCUUCGUGCACUGCUCCCAUCGGUGCUGAUGACGACCCGAUGGCUGUCCUUGACAGCGAGUUCCGUGUCCGUGGAGUUGAUGGGCUUCGUGUUGUUGAUGCUUCUAUCUUCCCCAAGAUUCCAGGCAUGUACAUCGCUUUGCCCAUUUACAUGGUCAGUGAGAAGGCUGCCGAAGUGAUCAUCAAUUCAGCUGCUUCCUCAUAAAUCGUUGAGGGAACUUGAUGCGAUGGGAUUUAUCCAAAGCCAGUAGUUUGGUCGGCCGUUCUCCGCCAGUAAUGUUGAACCU